AUGGCGCGGCAUCGCCCCGUGGCUCUGCUGGUGCUUUGCACGCUGUGCUCCCUCAGCUUUGGCCCCGCCAUGCUGCGGGUGCUGGUGACGGGCGGCAACAAGGGCAUUGGUCGUGCCCUGUGCCGGCAGCUGGCGGCGGACCACGGGUUCUACGUCCUUAUGGGCGCCAGGGAUCCUCAGCGAGGCGAGGCAGCGGUGAAGAGCAUAUUGGAGGAAAGUCCUGACUGCGAGGGGCGCAUCGAGUGUCUCCCCUUGGAUGUGGCCAGCGACAAGUCGGUGAAGGCUGCCGCUGACUUCGUUCAGAAGAAGUUCGGAGCAGAUCCUCCACCGCUGUAUGGCAUUGUCAACAACGCCGGUGUAGGCUUCGACCAUUCCAUGCUGGAGACGGUGAACAUCAAUACCCUGGGGGCCAAGCGAGUCUGUGAGAGCUUUAUACCCCUCCUCGACAAGGAGGGCCGCAUCGUGAACACGGCCUCCGCCUCCGGGCCCAACUACGUGUCUCGCUGUGGGGGCGCGGAGAGGCAGCUGCUCACCAAGCCGGAUGUGACCUGGGAGGAGCUGGGUGGAUUGAUUGAGAAGGUGAACCGCGAGCCUGGGGGCAGACAGCCCUAUGGCUUCUCCAAGGCCUGUCUGAUCUCCUACACCAUGCUGCUGGCCAGAGAGAACCCCCAGAAGAUCAACGCCAUGACCCCUGGCUACAUCUUGACGGACAUCACCCGCGGCAUGGGCGCCACCAAGUCUCCCGAGGAGGGCACCAAAGCGGCCAUCCACUGCCUCAUGGGCAAGCUGGAGGGCAACGGCUGGUACUACGGCUCGGAUGCCGUACGGAGCCCCAUCGAUCGCUACCGUGGUCCAGGGGAGCCGCCCUACGAGGGCGCAGACGAAGACUUGCUCAUGGUCCUGGAGGAUCUGCUAGUCCCUGAUGGGGCCAUUCUUUGCACCGUUGACUGUCCGCCGGACGGCACCCAGAUCUUUCGCAGCGGCCGCCCUGAGGACGGGAACUGCUCUGUGGUCUAUGGGGUUCGCCGCGUAGACCUCUUCGAGGAUUUGGGCUUGGACAAGGACGCCUCCAUCGGCACGGGCGCGGUGCAGAUCACCGCCAUGUUGACGCAGUGCUUGGCAAAGGUGCUGAAUGAGAUGUAUGCGUGCCUUCUCUUCCGCGAGAUGGUGCGCCGAGGCAGUGCUAUUUGCUGCUUGGCGGCGCUGUCGUGGCGCAUUGCCGUGCUGGAGGAUGAUGUUAUCGAGCUGGUGCUGACAGGUCAGCUGCUCGCAACCUCGCCAGGUCGAACAAUGCGUGUGACUCCACCGCCGGCCCCAUCUGCACGGCAUGAGGAUGAGGACUCCCGCACUGGCACUGGCCGCGCUGCAGCGCAGGUCCCCUUGGGCACUACCACCAAUGAGCUCCUGUGGCACACGUUGCAUGUGAAGCAGCCCAGCAGGUGGCAGGACUCCCUGCGACCCAUCAGUAACACCAGCGACCCGGACUUGGCAGAGGGCCUGCACAGGAGCUGCCGCCUGCAGUGGCAUCCAGACGCACGCCUGGCAGAGGCAGACAAGCCGGUCUUAGUCUCUGCCUUGAGCUCCUUGCCUAACUGCGAGGUGGAGCGAUACUGUGGCCUGGUGACGGUUCACAUGAUCAAAGAGACGGUCAAUGUGACGCGGCAGUUUGAGUCCCUGCAGGUCUUCUACCACCAAUUCGUGGCGGAGGCCCUUCUCACCGCCAAGGCCCAUGUCUUGGCCGUAGGUGGCGAUGCGCUGCUGGGCUAUCGCAUCAACAACCUGUUCCUGCGCGAGGACAAGCGGCGAGCCUACGCAGUGAUUUCCAUCUCGGGGGAUGCUGCAAAGCUUUCAGCAUGA